CUCGCUCGUUCACUCUCUCCUAUGCUGCCCGCGCUGCUGGUCUUUGCGCUGUGGAGCCCGCCGCGACCAGCCGUGCUGAAACCACGGAUGUGCGCGGGCGCGGCGCCCGCCGCGCCGCCGGUAAUGCUGACGCCGGAGCAGGUCGCCAUCCUACUGGCGCGGGUACAGGCGCUCGAGUCGCGCGUGGAGGCCCUGGAGCAAGGCUCGCUCUCCGCCCGGAUCCCGCGCCGCAUCGUGUCGCACUUCGCAAACACGGCCGCUCGGCUGCGCGGCGCGGCUCCGCUGCCAGGCCUGCGUUCGCGCCUGGUCGACGCCGCGACCAUCGCCGCAAGCAGCAGCCUGGUGGGGCGGCGCGUCGAGCAGGAGGCGGACGCUUCCGCCGACGACGCGGACGCGGACGCGGACAUGAUCCGAGCGCUCGCUGAGGCGGAGGCGCUGCUCCAGUCCCUCUCGACCUCCGCGCUCGACUCGCUCACGAGAGGCGACUUCGAGCGGCUGACUUGGUCGGCGGAGCAGAUGGCAAAGGUGUCGGCCAAGGUGGUGACGGACCGCGUGGCCUCCGACAUCGAGCAGAUGGCGAAGGUCUCCGCGAAGGAGAUCACGGACCGGGUGGCCUCCGACAUCGACAAGGUUGUGUCGGACGCGGGCAGGCUCGCCUCGUCGGUGAUCCAGCUGCCGGACCUGCCCGACGGGCUCACCCUCCCCGAAGGCAUCCAGCUGCCCGAAGGCAUCCAGCUGCCGGAGCUGACUGCUGCCGCCGCCUCCGCACCGCCUCCCGCCGUCGCCCCGCCAGCCGCUGGCCGCGUGACGCCCGCGCGGCUCGCCUCGAUCCUCCACUCGCGCGACCUGCUCGUUCGGCAGCGCGAGCGGCUGCGGCGCACCCAGCCGGGCGAGGUGAUCGACCGCGCAAUCACCUCGACGCUGGGUGCUCUCAACUCGUCGCUCGCACUCGCGAGCAGGCAGCUCGCCUCGCGCCGCUUGCUCGGCGCCUCCUUCGCGCUCGGCUCCGCCGCCGGCCUGGCGCUGCACUACGCCCUCUCCGGCCUCGGCGGUGCGGGCGCGGCCACCGCCGCCGCCGCAGCGCGCGCGAUCGUCGGAGGGUGUUUGCUCGCCUACUCGACCACCCUCGCGAACCAGCUCGGCGCCCUGUCUCGCCUCGCCGCCGCCUUCGCCCUCACCGUCUGGGAUUGGAUCCUCGACAAGGUGGGCAUCCUCGAAAAGUGGCGCCAGGCCGUCUUUGUGUACCGCACGGGCCGCUUGUUCGAGAAGAUGGACUCGCAAGUGCAGGCGAUGAAGCUCGAGCGAGUGGCGAGGUCCGCUUCUGCAGCGCUCGAGGCCACCGCCUCCUCGCUCGAGUCAUGGUUCGCAUCCACCAGCACGUCAGUCGGGGCGGGAUGGAACGCGACCGCGGCGUCGGCGGCCGGCGCUGCCGCGAGCAGCAGCGCCUCCCUCUCCGCGACGUGGGCGCGCGUCGACCAGGCGGUGGGCAAGGCGUUCGGCGCGAGCAGCGAUUGGGUGGCGCAGAUCCAGCGCGAAAUCUUCAACGAGAGCGCAAAAGUAGAGGAGGCCGCGACCCCGGCAGCCAUCGGCAGCGGCGCCAACCGCUCAGGCAUAGAGGCGCCUGUCGAGGCCCCGCCCGAGGUGCCGCGACCGUACUUAGCGAGUGACAGCGGGUUCCCGUUUUAUUAGUGGCCUGUGUCGCCAUGUACCAUUUGUCCAGCAGGCAUCCAAUCUCGAAAGAUCUAGUAGAAUCUUUAC